ACCUUUAAUACACACACUUGCACACGUCCUUUCCAGUCUGACCAAGUCUUUCUGACGGAUGUGCUCACUUACUUUGACUCUAAUUCUGAUGCGCACCUCAUAGAUAUGAAGUACAGUCGGAUCCCUGUUUGGUAAUUGCAUCCAGGUUGAUGGGGUAAUCAUCUGCUUUCUGUACAGUGCUGUGUGUGAAGCCAAGAAAUACAAUGGAUUCCAGGGUCUUGAAGUUUCUGAUUGGAGCUCUGUACAUCUACUGUCAGGUCCAUGCAGCAGACGAUGCAUACAAUGGUGAGCUGAUGGUGGAGAGUAAUGUCACACUGGAAAUCGAGACCAUCCUGUCAGCUUUGAAUUCAACUGACAUCCAAGUGAACGAUACCAACAGCGCUCCCCACGAUGUGACCCUUUUAGACAGUGGAGUGAUUUCAGAGUGCCUGAUCGUUGGAAAUCAAUCCAAUUGCAACUGCUCUGAUGGAUACAUUUGGAGCAACGAUGUGUGCUACACUGAAAAAUGUUGCAGUGAAUCUACAUGCACACAAAACGUGUCGCACAUCACACCACUCUGCAUUGCCAAAUUCCAAGUUAAAAUCAAUGGAUCAAUUAUGUCGAAAUCCACCUGGGAUUCAUCCAAAACAACAAAGCUUGAAACUGCCUUUAAAGAACUGAAUGGCUUUGAGUCCCUGAAUGUAACUCGUCAGAGGCCAAGAAACAGCAUUGUUGGUUUUGAGGCAACUGUCGGCAUCAAAUUUGAGACUUCUACACUUCAAGGCAUAGUGUCUCAGCUGGAAACCUCUCUUGAAGCUGUAGUUUUGGUCGAAACUGUAGGAAUGGUCACCAUAGAGGCCCCAGAAACAACAAAGUACUUGUCCAGCCCCACACUGAAAUGCACUUUAGAGGAGGAGACGGACAGAGCUGGCUGGAACAUGAGCACGAAGCACGAGCGCUUUGAGCUCAACAAUGGCACUGUGGUGAAACUGAAUGAAAGAUGUGCCACACAGGAAUACAAGUCUUGUGUGUCAGUUACACUCCAGGGGGUGACAAGCUUGUGGACAGGUAUAUAUGAGUGUGGAUUCACUAAUGGGUCAGUCAGGCAUACAGCCAAGACACAGCUGAGAGUGUCACUCCUGCCUGAUGAGAUCGACCUGAAGAUCAAUCCUCUUACUGUGGACUGUUCGGAUAUGGAGGACAGUGAGAAUGUUAACGUGAAUGUCACUGCCACCAUCUUAAACAGCACAGAGAGCUUUGAUGUUUGGUGGAGCUACAGGGGUGAAGAGAAAAAUAAUCUAGUGAAUACAUCUGAUGGGGAUUACCUGGUCUACUCUUUCACAGCUAAUAUCAGUUGCCAGAAAUCCAACGCCUCACAAUACGUGAAUGUCACUUUUAAAAACACAGUUAAUCAAGAAAAAAGUGCACGCGUGGAUAUUCCAGUAAUCUACAAGGGUGAAACAUUUUGUGAAAAGGAUGAGUUUUGGCCAAACACUCCAUCUGGAGACACAGUGAUUAACCGAACGUGUGAAAAGGGCAGGUUUGGCUAUAAGUCACGCACUUGUAAUGGCAAUACCUGGCAGGACGUGUUCUUCCACUGCGUUGAUCAAGAGUUGAAAACAGUUACAAAAUCAGCAGACAACUUUAAGAAGGGACUAGGGGCUUCUCAGGAGGCGGCCAUGGAUAUAUUUGGAGGACUUAAGAACAGCUCUACAACUAAUUCAACUGAUUCAAGUAGCAUUAUGGCCGACCUUAGCGCCUCCAUCAACAUUUUAAGUGUUAUGUCCAGUGCAUCAGUAAAUUUUGCCUUAGAAGACAGUGUCAUACCUGAUUUUGUCAACGCAGCAAGCAACAUGUUGAACAGGACCUGGGAUGUGUACAACAAAUCUGUUAUUCAGAACUUGUCAUCAGAUUACCUUCUGUCUGUGGAAGAGAUGGUGAAGAAUAUCAAGAUUAACAUGACCAAUGAAUUCAACAGUCCAAAUCUAGAUCUUAAAUUCUGCUCAGAUAGCAGCUGUAGUGUGUUUGACAUUGAUGUGAAUCUGGACAAGACCCUCGGAAUGAUAAGAACUGUUGCUGUGAAAAAUCUAACAGAUAAAUUGAACAACAACUUCCUGGAAAAAAAUACUACCAGCCUCUUAUUAUCGGUCACACUGGAAGACAACAAUGAUUCACCUUUAGAAAUUAGAAUGAACUUCCCUAGCGAAGAGGGAACUAAACCUUUGUGCGUCUUCUGGAACACCACAGUGAGGGGGUGGUCGGAUGAAGGAUGCUCUACCAACAUUAGUGACGGAAACCACACACUCUGCGUGUGCAACCACUUGACUGCAUUCUCUGUCCUCAUGUCCAAGAGUGAUACAUCUGAUGAAAUCCUAGAUAUGAUUUCAGUUGUGGGCCUGUGUGUGUCCAUCUGCUCCUUGCUGAUCUUCCUCAUCAUUGAGGCUCUGGUUUGGUCAGCUGUGGUCAAGACAAACCUUUCACAUUUCCGUCACACAGCCAUGGUUAACAUUGCUUUGUUCCUCUUGCUCGGUGACAGUAGUUUCUUGGCUUCUUCCUAUCCUGAGAUUCUCAGUGACACCUGUUGUUUAGUUUUGACCAUAUGCAAACACCUCUUUUUCUUAGCCAUGUUCUUCUGGAUGCUGUGCUUGAGUGGCAUACUUGUCCAUCAGCUUAUCUUUGUCUUCAGCCCAGUGAGGAAAAGAGCCUUCAUGUUCUUCUCCAGCAUUGUGGGCUACGUUUGCCCAAUCCUAAUAGUGGGAUCCAGCUAUGUGUACUACAAAUACACCAACCAGCCCUACCAUGAUAAGAAAAAAUGUUGGCUAAAUUAUAAAAAACCCUUGGAGGGAUCCUUGCAUGCUUUCGUCCUUCCUGUGGGAACUGUAACUUUGACAAAUCUCUUCUCCAUGGUGGUCGUCAUUCUUACUCUGUUGAAGUCCUCAGUACCUGAUAGCACCAAGACAGAUGACAAGGCGACAGCCAAAAGUAUCCUUAAAGUGGUGGUCUCUCUGACCCCUCUCUUUGGAGUAACAUGGGCCAUUGGCUUCAUUGGGUUCAUGUUGGAUGGAAAUGAUCCCAUUUCAAAAGUUGUUGAUUACAGUUUCACCAUCCUCAAUUCCUUCCAGGGCCUUUUCAUUUUGCUAAUGGGCUGUUUAACAGAGGAGAAGGUUCGAGAGGAACUGAUAAAGUUUGUAACGGCAAAAUCAAAAGGACAAAGUGGAAGCAUGACGAAGUUGAAUUCAACCACCUACACAAAAGACAAAUGAAGACAGAGACUGUGAAGAUGGACCAAGAAGAAGGAAACAGCAACUCACACAUGUACUAUGCAGCUCCAUUUACAGCCACAUCUUUGUGUUUGCUUUGUAUUAGACUAUAGUUCCUGGGCUGUUUAGUGAAGCUUAUAAAACACAACAGAUGUUUUGAUAAUAUUUCGUGAUUUGAUUGAAAACCAUUAUUGUUAAUAGUAGUAUUGGCACUAAUUGUGAUCUCCAUCAGCUGAGGCUGGAAACAAAUUUCACAUUAAAUGCAAUCCUGCUCUGAGGAAUAAUGUGUAAUUCAAGGUUAUGUAUACAUUUGCAUACCAUUAUUUUCUCAAGAGGAGAGCAGAUGCAGAUUUUUUUUCAAGUGCUACAGAAGUCAAAGUCAGUACUGAACUGUCACUGUAUAUCUUUGAGGAGAGGCUUUAAUGCAUACCAACUCAAACCACUUAAUUAGAUUCUGGAUGGACAGAUUGUAUUUGCUGACUGUAUAUAGAACAAAAUAGAUAUUCUAAGAUCUCUUGCUGGGUUUGAUCCUUUUAUUUAACUGGAAAAUUUGUAGAUUUACACUGUUUGGCAUAAACGAUAACCUGUACUAUAAUAUGUGUGUAUAACUACCAUAUGUAUCUCAAAAUAUAUAAUGAAAUAAAAACAAGCAAUAUUGAUUCCUAA